UUAUUAUUGGAAAUACACUUCCUCCCGCCUUAUCUCUUGGGCAAACCCCGGGAACCACUGGAUGGCGCUGCUGAGCCCGCGGUUGCCGCGAUCGCUCCUACCGUACGGCGUCGGCGGUGGCCGGACAAGGAGGGCGAGGGGGACGUGGUGCUCGGCCAUCGCCGUCGACGCGCCGCUAGCGAGCGUCUCGGGGAUCCGGUGGGGAUCGAGCAAGCUGCAGGGCCCGCGCUCCGAGAUGGAGGACGAUGUCGUCGUCCGUUCCGACGGUCUCGACGGCUUCUCCUUCGCUGCCGUUUUCGACGGCCACGCCGGAUUCUCCUCCGUUGAGUUCCUCAGGAAUGAAUUGUACAAAGAAUGUACUAUAGCUCUGCAAGGUGGGUUGCUGUUGACUAGCAAGAAUUUUAAUGCUGUAAGAGAUGCAAUUCAGAAAGCUUUUCAAAAUGUCGACUCAAAACUCUUGAUUUGGCUUGAACAGAUGGGGAAUGAAGAUGAUUCUGGUGCAACAGCUACAGUCAUGUUUCUGAGGAAUGAUGUCCUGAUUAUUUCACAUCUUGGUGACUCAUGUGUGGCAAUAUCCCGUACUGGCAAGGCUGAAGUUUUAACAAAUCCCCAUCGACCUUAUGGGAACAACAAAGUAUCUCUUGAAGAAGUCAAGCGGAUUAGAGCAGCAGGUGGAUGGAUUGUUGAUGGACGAAUUUGUGGUGAGAUCUCUGUAUCUCGUGCUUUUGGAGACAUGCGAUUUAAGACAAAGAAGAAUGAGAUGCUGGUGAAAGGAGUUGAGGAGGGGAGAUGGACUGAAAAAUUUGUGUCCCGCAUACAGUUUAAAGGAGAUUUGGUGACUUCUUCACCUGACAUAUAUCAGGUAGAACUUGGAUCUGAUGUGGAGUUUGUAUUGUUAGCCUCUGAUGGUUUAUGGGAUUAUAUGAAAAGCUCUGAUGCGGUAACUUUUGUAAGAGAUCAACUCCGUCAACAUGGUGAUGUUCAGCUGGCUUGCGAAGCGCUUGCUGGUGCAGCUUCUUGGGACCGACGGUCACAAGAUAAUAUAAGCAUAGUGAUUGCCGACUUGGGGAGGACAGAUUGGCAGAACUUGCCAGUGCAGGGGCCUAAUUUUGUAUAUGAAAUAAGUCAAGCUUUCGCAACCAUAGGUAUUGUCUCAUUAGGAAUCUGGAUAUCAUCUUUCCUUCUAUCAUGAAUCAGAAGCCUUGGAGUGCACAUAAUUUUGGAUAGAUAUCAAGCCCCUCAUCUGUCCCCAAAAAAACCUCAUCCAUUCCUGUAAAUUCGUAAAUCUACUUGCCAUAUACUUUUACUGUUAAAUGUUGUUACAGCCUAAAGUAAUUAUUUGCAAUCUCUAAAUUUGAUGAGCUUAUUUCCAA